CUUCAUCUCAUAUCGGUGCCAGUGUGCCUUUUCAGUGUUAAAUAUAACUAUCCGAAUGUUCACGCCUCUUUUAAGCAUUUCGUGGCUGUGUCGAUGCGUACGAUGACUCUUCCAAGGCAGAUCGAAGUCGCGACUGCCAUAUCCAUCACAGCAACUUCGGUGAUGACUCAAAUCUUCGAUACUUAGGUCCUUUGUAAUUUCCUUUCAAGUUCAAUUCCAUACCAACAUCAAUUCGUGCACUCGCAUUGCCUUCAUUAUCCAAGCAUCGUCGCUGCUCAGUCCGCGACGCUUUCUUAUACGUUUCUUCUUAGUCGAACAAUUAUUGGAACUUGAAGUCCACAAUGGCGGAAAUUCGGUCGUUAAAACCAGACAGUAAGGUACAGUCGAUAGUAGGAGAUCAAUCGGCUCCACAUCUUUUCAGUUUCUUGGAAAUAGAUUGGUCAACAACCAACUAUGAAGAAUUACGAUAUCACUUGGAAAGACACUACAACGUCCCAUCGACAGAGCAUUGGGGAUUUGCUGCCAGGAAAUUUCGAAUGCUUCAAAUGUACUUCGAAAUAGGCACAAACACAGCUCACGAGGCCUGGGGAGAGGAAGAAAUGUCAAAUGUUGCGGCCCAUGAAAACUCACCAGAGCUGGCAAAGAAAUCGGACAUGACUGUAGAGUCCGAGAUUCCAAAGCAGACACCAGCACUCCCGCGCGUCAAGCUCUUCAAAGCGUGCACCUUCUUGAUGAGAGUUGCGACUACCAACGAACCUCUGAUCUGCAAAGCAUUUGGAACUAUUGCGCCGACGCUAUACGAAGAAAUAUUCUGGGAGAAACUCGCCGUGCUUGAACGCGAACAAGACGUCAGUAUUAAUGUGUUGAGCAUUACACACCUCACUGCACAAGAUGUGGUAUUUUUCAUAGAGUUUGGCGGACAUGAAUUCAAAAUUCGGUAUCUCCAAUGGGGAACUUUGAUUCAGAGGUAUGUCACUGAGGACAAUACUCAUGUCUAGACUACAAUGUCCUAACAAACAGAAGUUAUCCCGACGUUACCGAAGCUCCAGAAUCAUUCAUUCACGGCAAAGGAGUACCUGAGACUGCUUAUGCUUUCGUCAAAGGGCUUCAGCUCAGUGCUGAGAAAUGUAGGCAACUUAACAAGAGUACUCGCUUCGCCUACCACUACAUUCGAGCUUGGGCUAUCAACCGCGGCUUUUACAGACGGAAGCAAGUUGAUAACUGCUCAAUCAAUCCCAACUACAUCGUAGAUUG